UCGAGGGCGGGGCCUGGGCGGGCGGAACAGGCGGGCUGCCCCGCACUGUAGGCCCGCCGCAGCACCGCCCGAAACUGAAAUUAUUACGAGGCGCCGUGCUUCGAGGCCGGGGACAGCCUCGUUGGCUGGUCACUUGGAGUGCAUCGCCUGGCGCCCACUGUGCGCUGCAGACACAGCGGAUGGUGACUAGGCCAGCCGACCGGAGCUGGCUGCAGGACUGGCUCGGAUCGGCAGAUCCUGUCCACCAUGGCCAGGCGCCCCCGGAGCAGCAGAGCAUGGCAUUUUGUCCUGAGUGCAGCCCACCGAGACGCAGAUGCCCGGGCCAUGGCUCUGGCAGGGACCACUAACUGGGGCUAUGAUUCUGACGGGCAGCACAGUGAUUCCGACUCUGACCCCGAGUACUCAUCCCUGCCACCAUCCAUCCCCAGUGCUGUGCCUGUGACGGGGGAGUCUUUCUGCAACUGUGAUAAUCAGAGCGAGGCCUCCUUCUGUGGCAGCCUGCACACAGCAGCCCACCGGGGCAAGGACUGCCACUGUGGGGAGGAAGAUGAGUAUUUUGAUUGGGUCUGGGAUGACCUGAAUAAGUCCUCAGCCACCCUGCUGAGCUGUGACAACCGGAAGGUCAACUUCCAUGUGGAGUAUAGCUGUGGCACAGCAGCCAUCCGAGGCACCAAGGAACUGGGGGAGGGGCAGCACUUCUGGGAGAUCAAGAUGACCUCGCCUGUCUAUGGCACUGAUAUGAUGGUGGGCAUUGGGACAUCAGACGUGGACCUGGACAAGUACCACCACACGUUCUGCAGCCUGCUCGGCAGGGAUGAGGACAGCUGGGGCCUCUCCUACACAGGGCUCCUCCACCACAAGGGUGACAAGACAAGCUUCUCCUCAAGGUUUGGCCAGGGCUCCAUCAUUGGCGUGCACCUGGACACCUGGCAUGGGACACUGACCUUCUUUAAGAACAGGAAGUGCAUAGCGGCCAAGAGCAGCAUGAAGGUCAUCCGCUCCUGUGCCAGUGCCACCUCCCUGCAGUACCUGUGUUGCCACCGCCUGCGCCAGCUGCGACCCAACUCUGGGGACACACUUGAGGGCCUGCCCCUGCCACCUGGCCUCAAGCAGGUGCUACACCACAAGCUGGGCUGGGUCCUGAGCAUGAGCUGUGGCCACCACAAGUCCCCUGUGCCCUCGCCCAAGGCCAGUGUCAGUCCCAACAGCCCAGAGACCCGGCGCUGCCAGAGAAAGCGCUGCCGAAGGACCUAACUUAUUUUCCAAUGAAAACUGCCUUUUGAGGCUAGGACAGCAUUUUCUCCAUCCUUUCUCUCAGGCCAUGCUCCAGAGUAACAGGAAAGGGAAGAGUUGGGCCCAGGUCUGUCUGGGCUGUCCCCCUGCCGUCAGAGGCUGGGACUGGCUUUGCCACAGGGGUUCAGGGGCCACAGGCCCUGGGAUCCUGAGACCAGGACUGUCCCAGUCCAUUUGCUUCCUGUACCGGGUAUGGCAGCUGCUGCUUCUCUCCGAGUCUCUUGGGAGUGGCCACCCCAGCUCUUCUGGACUGAGACUGCAGGCCUGGAGGCUGUGGUCUGUGGCCUCAUCAGAAGUCAGCUUUCCUGUAGCUGCCAGCCUCAGGGGACCUUGAGUUUCUCCUCAUUUGCUUUGCAUGUUGUCAGCUGUUGCUUCUGUCUGAGACUGAAAUGAUCGUAAUAAACUUUGAGUUUAUGCCUAAUGUCUCCGUAGUGGUAGAAUUAAAAGAAGUCCACAUCGAGACCUGGGUCUCGUGGGUGUUCACAGUCUUUCUCUUGUGGUUCUGGUCACACUGCAACACCUUUGGG